CCAGGAGCCUGGAGGGAACACAGAGCAAUGGCGACCCAAAGACAAAGCCAGUACGGCCUGUGGAAGACCUCUCUGGACAGCAUGUCCCAAUUAAUGGAUUCUGACAUGGAUUAUGAAAGGCCAAACGUAGAGACCAUCAAGUGCGUUGUGGUGGGAGACAACGCGGUGGGCAAGACCAGGCUCAUCUGUGCCCGGGCCUGCAAUGCCACCCUCACCCAGUACCAGCUGCUCGCCACCCAUGUGCCCACGGUUUGGGCCAUCGACCAGUAUCGGGUGUGCCAGGAGGUGCUGGAACGCUCCAGAGAUGUGGUAGAUGAUGUCAGCGUCUCCCUCCGCCUCUGGGACACCUUUGGAGACCACCACAAAGAUCGUCGCUUUGCUUAUGGGAGAUCCGAUGUGGUGGUUCUGUGCUUCUCCAUUGCCAACCCUAAUUCCCUCCACCAUGUCAAGACCAUGUGGUACCCAGAAAUCAAGCACUUCUGCCCCCGAGCACCUGUCAUCUUGGUGGGCUGCCAGCUGGACCUGCGCUAUGCUGACCUGGAGGCUGUCAAUAGGGCCAGGCGACCCUUGGCUAGGCCCAUCAAGCCCAAUGAGAUCCUUCCCCCAGAGAAGGGCCGGGAGGUGGCCAAGGAGCUGGGCAUCCCCUACUACGAGACCAGCGUGGUGGCCCAGUUUGGCAUCAAGGACGUCUUUGACAACGCCAUCCGCGCAGCGCUCAUCUCCCGCCGCCACCUGCAGUUCUGGAAAUCCCACCUCCGCAAUGUGCAGCGGCCUCUGCUGCAGGCGCCCUUCUUGCCUCCCAAGCCGCCUCCCCCCAUCAUCGUGGUGCCCGACCCCCCCUCCAGCAGCGAGGAGUGCCCCGCCCACCUCCUGGAGGACCCGCUAUGCGCGGAUGUCAUACUGGUGCUGCAGGAGCGGGUGCGCAUCUUUGCCCACAAGAUCUACCUCUCCACCUCCUCCUCCAAGUUCUACGACCUGUUCCUCAUGGACCUGAGCGAGGGGGAGCUGGGGGGCCCCUCGGGGCCCGGGGGCCCCCGCCCAGAGGACCACCGGGGUCACCCUGAUCACCACCACCACCAUCACCACCACCACCACCAUGGCCGGGACUUCCUGCUGCGGGCGGCCAGCUUUGACGUGUGUGAGAGCAUGGAGGAGGGCGGGGGCUCUGGCCCUGCUGGGCUCCGUGCCUCCACUAGCGACGGGAUCUUACGGGGCAAUGGAACAGGGUAUUUGCCCGGGAGGGGUCGAGUCCUGUCUUCCUGGAGCAGAGCUUUUGUGAGCAUUCAGGAAGAAAUGGCAGAAGAUCCUCUGACCUACAAAUCCCGGCUGAUGGUGGUGGUAAAAAUGGACAACUCCAUCCAGCCAGGGCCCUUCCGGGCUGUUCUCAAGUACCUGUACACCGGGGAGCUGGACGAGAACGAGCGUGACCUCAUGCACAUCGCCCACAUUGCCGAACUGCUUGAGGUCUUUGAUCUGCGCAUGAUGGUGGCCAACAUUCUCAACAAUGAGGCGUUCAUGAACCAAGAGAUCACUAAGGCCUUCCAUGUCCGCCGGACUAACCGGGUUAAGGAGUGCUUGGCAAAAGGCACCUUCUCAGAUGUGACCUUCAUCCUGGAUGAUGGCACCAUCAGCGCCCAUAAGCCCCUGUUGAUUUCCAGCUGUGACUGGAUGGCCGCCAUGUUUGGGGGGCCAUUUGUGGAGAGUUCCACCAGGGAGGUGGCGUUCCCUUACACUAGCAAGAGCUGCAUGAGGGCAGUGCUGGAGUACCUCUACACGGGCAUGUUCACCUCCAGUCCCGACCUGGACGACAUGAAGCUCAUCAUCCUGGCCAACCGCCUCUGCCUGCCGCACUUGGUUGCCCUCACAGAGCAGUACACAGUGACCGGGCUGAUGGAAGCAACUCAGAUGAUGGUGGACAUUGAUGGGGACGUCCUCCUGUUCCUAGAACUGGCUCAGUUCCACUGCGCGUACCAGUUGGCCGACUGGUGUCUUCACCACAUCUGCACCAACUACAACAAUGUGUGCCGCAAGUUCCCCCGAGACAUGAAGGCCAUGUCCCCAGAAAACCAGGAGUAUUUCGAGAAGCACCGCUGGCCGCCCGUCUGGUACCUGAAGGAGGAGGACCACUACCAGCGGGCACGGAAGGAGCGCCAGAAGGAGGACUACCUCCACCUGAAACGGCAGCCCAAGCGGCGGUGGCUGUUCUGGAACAGUCCCUCCUCGCCGUCCUCUUCUGCGGCCUCCUCGUCAUCCCCCUCUUCGUCCUCGGCUGUGGUCUGAGAUGCUGCCACCCUUUCUGGCCCUGCUGCCCUUCCCCCACUCCCCCCGCCCCUCUGCUCUUCUGCAUCGCCCCCUCCACCUUCCAGGGACAAGAGGACCCACGAAACUAGGACCCUAAGGGCAGCGCUGUUCUCAGCAGCCAACGUAGCUGGGGGGGGGGGGGGGCUUGUGGGUCAGUACGGGGACCCCCUGCAGGGGACUGCGGUUCCAGAGCAGGGCAGGGAGGCGGACGGCUGCUGGGAGGUGGGGAGAGGGAAGGCACCCAGAGCUUUGGCAUCUGACUCUGGGCUGGAGAACGCUGGCGUCCAUGGGAGACUCUCCCAGCCGUGAGGCUGUGUGGCUCGGUCUGUGGAGGCAGCCCCCUCCCCGGGAGUGGCUGUGCUCGGGGAGGGUCCUGUCUCUCUUGGCCACGUUUUUCCAUCCACGGACCUGAGGGUGGCAGAUGUUCUGUGGGCAGUUUCCACACAGCGCCUACUCAACUCCUCACCGGAGAAGUCAGGGUAGAAAUGAAGCCUUCAGACCCAGCUCGACGCUUCCAGAUCCUGGGGUGCGGCUGCCGAGGCCACGGGUGGGAAGGCUUGCGCUCUGGCAAGCAUCCCUCCCUCCCAGGGCGGUAGGUGGCCAGGCCUGAUCGAGGAUGGCAGAGCCUGGUCAGAGCUUUAGGCCUAGGAGCAGCGCCUCGUGGUGCCGUGAGAAACUUCUCCCUCCCUGUGCUUCACCACUCAGAUCCAGAGAUGGGAACCAAAGGAAACAGGUGGAACAGGGGAGAGGAGAAAGUGGGGGGGGGUGUCUGGGUGCAGCAACCCCAUGCUCUCUGGGCUCCUCCCCCUGCCUCUGGUUAGCACGGCCUCUUAGCACCGUGGGGCAAAAUUAGCAAACAAAACAAAACAAAACAAACAAACCCCCAAACAACAGCAAAAGCACCACCAACAAAAACAUGUUGGCCUCUAUCCCCUCAAAGAAAAGAAACAAGAACAGAAAAAGCCCCUGUGUCGCUUACGAAGUGGGGCCUCCGUGUUGAUGAGACAAGAGCGUAGGCCGUGGAAGUGAUUCCAGUGCCUGUGGGGAAAGGACUCGUCCCGCACUGCGGCUGGGGAUGCCCAGGCCCUGCCGGCCGGCUCCGGGGACAGCACGAGUUCUGAGUUCGCGUGCUGGGAUGGAGGCUUCGGGGGCAGGGGCAGGGCGGUCUCAGGGCUUGAACAUGGUAUUGGACCCCUGCCUUGGCCCAUCAUGAGAAUCUGUUCUCCUCCUCUCAGGAUGUGAAUGUGUGUGUGGGGGGGGCGCGGUCAAAGGUCAGGGGAAAGGGCACCGACUUGGAGAAUAGGAGUCCGGGUAAUGAAGGAUCACAGGACAUGACCUCACUUAGUGCUGGUUGUGGGGUGGGGAGGGUGAGGAAGGGAAGGAGGCAAAGGGGAAAUGUGAGCAGGGGCAAAGCAAAGUCAGUGCCGGGAAGAGGGAGACCAGACCGGAGGAUUGUGGGGGCUAAGACAGCAGCUUGUAGCCCCAUGGGGAAAAGCUGGGCCACAUUUUACCUCUCCCGGUUUUGUGAUUCUGACCCAUAUUUCAGCCCCCACACCGUAUGUCGUCUCAAAAGCCAGAGUCCCACUGAUGACGAGUGGAAGCCUGGGGUGGGCUCCACCAGCAAGACCCUGGCUUCAGGUCUGGGGUCAAGCAAACCCAGAAACAGGAAAAGUCUGGAACAAUUCUGUGGUACUGAGACCUAGAGAUCUGAUGGUAAGUCAUUGUCAAGAGAAGGAGUGGGAGGUGGCAGGCCAGGCGGGUCUAGGGUGGCACCCCCUGCUAUCUAAGCCGCCUCCCCUUCUCUAGGGUGGCUGGCCGGCUGGCAGGCCAGACGUCUGCUCCUGCCUGCUCCGUUCUCAUCCUUGGCAUCAGGGCGAGGCUGAGGAGCCAGGGGGCAAGGGCAGGAGGCAGCUCGCAAGGAGAGUGCAGCUCUGCACCCAGCACCCUUCUCUGGGGAAGGGAACCAGAGGUGUGGCCAUGGGGUCUCCUGGGAAUUCCUGGUGAGAGGGAAAGCAGAAACCUAAAGUCCAGGGGGAGGGGGAAUGGGGGGCUGAGCAGUAUGGCCUGCCGAUGAGG